UCCGGUAGCUCGGGGUGUCUCGGUUUCUCUGCGCCGCGGCACUUCUCAGACCGUGCUCCCUGAAGGACCAGGAAACGUCUCUGGGGCGCCGGGAAAGGUGAGAAAGUCCAGCUACCUCUAGGCGCAAGGAGAGGAGCCAGUGAGCCGAGAGAGAAGCAGAGCUGACCCGCGCCUAGGCACGGGCUUCAGGCCCUGCGGCAGGGAGGUCCCCGAGCCCCUCUCGAACCGACGCGCAGUAGAGUUGCCACGCGGGCAGCGCGGGAGAUGGGCGGGCCUGGGCUCCGCGCCUCCCGCGUUCCGGCCGCAGCUCCGGCGCUGGGGGCGGGAAGGGGAGGAGCCACGUGGGGAGGAGCAAAACCCGGAGGCCCCGGGAACCUUAGAGCCAGAGCGGCGGGAGCCCGAGCCCGCGCCUGCUACUCCGGGAGCGCGCCGUCCAGGCCAAGCACCGCCGCAGCUUGCCUUCUGUGUGCAGUUUGGAGAAGGGCCGGUGCUUACGAGGAAGAGGGUCCUGAGCUCUAAUCCCUAUUCAAGAGCUGCCGGGCUGCCCGUUGCCCCUGCUGCCCCAGUGGGGCUCGGCCCCUCCCGCCACCUGCGUCCCGGCUGAGCCAUGGAUCCUUCGGAGAAGACGAUAUCGGUGUGGAUCUGCCAGGAGGAGAAACUGGUGUCCGGUCUCUCUCGUCGCACCACUUGCUCGGACGUAGUGCGGGUGCUCUUGGAGGAUGGCUGCCAGCGGCGACGCCGGCAGAGGCGAGGCCGGCGGCGGGGCAUAGCUGGCGACCCGCCAGGCCCAGGGGAGCUGCCGGAACCCCUGGACGAGGACGAGGACGAGGACGAUGACGAGGCGCUGCCCCAGGGCAUGUUGUGCGGGCCCCCGCAGUGCUAUUGCAUUGUGGAGAAGUGGCGGGGCUUUGAGCGCAUCCUGCCCAACAAGACGCGCAUCUUGCGCCUCUGGGACGCCUGGGGCGACGAGCGAGAGAACGUACGCUUCGUGCUGGUGCGUAGCGAGGCGUCGCUGCCCAACGCGGGACCCCGCAGUGCCGAGGCGCGCGUUGUGCUCAGUCGCGAGCGCACCUGCUCCGCCCGGGGCGUCCCGGCGCGGCCCAGCCUGGCCCUGACCCAGGAGAAGCAGCGACGGGUGGUGCGGAAGGCCUUCCGCAAGCUGGCCAAGCUCAACCGGCGGCGCCAGCAGCAGCCGUCGUCACCUUGCUCGUCCACUUCGUCGUCCACAGCCUCGUCCUGCUCGUCGUCGCCGCGGGCCGCUGAGAGCGCGUCGGUGGAGCGCAUGGAGACGCUGGUGCAUUUGGUGCUCUCCCAGGACCACACCAUCCGUCAGCAGGUGCAGCGGCUCCGGGAGCUGGACCGAGAGAUUGAUCGCUACGAGGCCAAGGUGCAUCUGGACCGCAUGAGGCGGCACGGAGUGAACUACGUGCAGGACACCUACUUGGUGGGCGCAGGCAUCGAGCUCGACGGACGCGGCCCGGGAGAGGAGCCGGCGACGGCGACACCGGCCCUGGACGGCGAGGCUCAGGCGGUUGAGCUGGAGGAGCUGGCCCGGCGCUGCGACGACCUGCUGCGGUUGCAGGAGCAGCGGGCCCAACAGGAGGAGUUGCUCGAGCGCCUCUCAGCCGAAAUCCAGGAGGAACUGAACCAGAGGUGGAUGCGGAGGCGCCAGGAGGAGCUUGCAGCGCGGGAGGAGCCCCCGGAGGUUGAUGCCGGCCUCGACGGUGAGCUGCUGCUGGAGCGGGAGCGGGUCAGGACGCAGCUCAGCACCAGCCUCUACAUCGGGCUCCGGCUCAACACGGACCUUGAGGCCAUCAAGUCGGACUUAGAUUACAGCCAGCAGCAGUGGGACAGCAAGGAGCGCGAGCUACAGGGCCUUCUCCAGACUUUGCACUCGUUGGAGCUGACGGUAGCUCCCGAUGGGACUCCGGUCUCGAGUGGUCCCUCGCAGGAACCCCGGCCUCAGUCCUGCGCCGAGGUGUGGGUGGACCAGGCCCGCGGACUGGCCAAGAGCUGUCCUGGUAACGACGAGGACUCGGAUACUGGGCUGAGCUCUAUGCACAGCCAGGACUCGGACUCGGUGCCUGUGUGCGAAUCCCUUGUGUAGGAGGAGCAGAUAGGGAAAGGGAGACGGCCGAUUCUCCCUUCUUCGUAGACAGCACCGGCUUGACGGGCUCAGGGACCUGAAACCAGGCGGGGAGUGGGCCCGGACCUUCCGCCGGGCAGCAGUGCUCUGACUGGGCGGGGGAGGGCAGGGGACCGCCUGCUCGGCAGCGGCGCUCCUCUGGCCUUGGAGUGAAUGUGGAGGAUGAUACCAGACGAGGAAGCCGGGUCUCCAUUACACACUCUUUCAGGGGAAGAAAGGAGGGAGGAGGUGAGAACCCCCUUAUGUUGGAAAACAAAUGCUCCAGGAAAUUGACGUGGUCCGAGCCCAUUUUCCCAAAAAAAAAAAAAAAAAAGUAUUAUGGAGAUUUCACCAAUCUUUUUUUGUAUGGGAAGGACUGAUGGCAGCUAGAACUUUAGUUUGUGGUAUAAAGUGCUUUUUAAAGAAACACUUGGAUGAAAAGGAAAUUCCUUGAAUGUUAAUUGUGACUGUGAACGUGUUAAAACUAGCCAAAGAGGACGCACUGGUGUUGGUCUCAGCCUUACUCACACCUUUGAUAAAACCCAUAGGCACCAAAAUCCUGGCUGUUUACAUUUAUGCAGAUUUGGGAAUUACCCAACUGCUAAACUCGUUGCCUUUUAUUUUCUUUCAAAGACUAACUUAGUUUUCUCCUAGCAAAUACAGUGUAUGUUAAAAUGGGGUCCUUUUUCCAAAAUCACCUUUUAUUAUUAUAAAAGCCAAACCUAACCCUUGGAGAUACAGAAUCGUGGUAGACAUAACCCCUGGUUAAAAUUUAAUCUAGGCCCUUUGAGAUUUGCUCCUGCAAAGGUAUGUGUGUUGUCGUUUUAUUCUUAUUGCCACCUCAUUCCCUUCAGACACUGUUACUUCAGGAAAAAUAAAAGGGAAGUUGCAGAAUUCAAGUACAACUACAUUUGCUGUUUAAUGAGCAUUCUGGUUGAAAGGAAACAUCUAUGUGUUUGGUCUGGAGCAUGAUUAAGAUGAGGAAGGGACCAAAGGAAACCCACUGUCCCAAGACAAUCAUUUGAAUUCAUAAACACAAAGCCUAAUGAUAGCUUUCUUUUGGAGGCAGAGGUAAAAUCCUCAUUAGAGUGUGACACACGCUACUUGUCUGAAUGGUUUAUGCUGGCAAUAGGCUGAGCUGGUGGUUUUAAAGUUACUGUGCUUCCCUCGCCCCACACCAAGGGUGGUAGGGAGGUGGCUCCUGGACGUUUAUUAACUCAAAAGAAAACACAGAAGUUGGCAGAACAGGACUGCCUGGCAGAAAGGGGCUGUUUUCCUUUUCACUAUUAUUAUUUUAAACUUUGACGGGCUGCUGACGUCAGCAAAUAUGCCUGAAACCUGUAAAGCAAAUAAGCCACAUCACAGGGAGAAAGCCCGUGGGAUUUUCUGAUGCCCUCUUUCUAGAACCUUCCAGUCCUGGCCACCUGAACAUGCUUUUCCAGUCAGCUCUUCAGGCGGUGAAGGCGGUUUUGUUCAUAACAAAGGGUGGUCCAGUCUGCCCAUUUUUUCUUUUAUCCAAAUCAGUUAUAUCCCCCAAAGGCACUUUCUGUGUGGGUAGGAGAAAGGAGAAUGGGAAAAAAGAAAGGAGACAAUAGUUCCUUUUACUAAGAACUUCUGCAAGCCUGAGGAAGGUGAAAUACGGAGAUAAAAAGUACCGAAACAGUGCCUGUGCAUAGAAAGUGCCUAACAAAUCCUAGAUAUUCUUAAAAUUUCAUUCACUUUAAAAAUAAUCAUCAUGGCACUAAGAAUGAGAAGGAAUGCAUAACAGUGAAUGCACCAGCACCAGGAUUUCAGUGUGCCUGGGAAAACUACCUCCUUUCCUGUUCUCCAAGCCUAACAGAAACCCUGAGGAGAAACCAGCAAGCUUGUGCAGGAGAAUAUGAGAUGGAGUAGGCUCCUUAACAACCAGCCCCAUCCUUUUUUGGAACUGAUAGAAUUUAUUGUGUCUUUGAUAUUAAUGAUCCCAUUCUCGGCCAUCUCCCAAACCAAAAAGAUUAUAUCUGGCAUCUCUGUUUACUUCCUUAUAAAACAUGAUUGAUGAUGAUGAUGAUGAUGAUGAUGAUUUGCUAAUUAGAAAAGUUAUAUUCUGUAGUCUUUAUGAUGGUCCUGAAAAUAACAUAAGAAAGAAAAGUCAAUCAAAAUCAUCACCAAAAGCUUAUCACUAUCAAAAUGUGGUAUAUUUCCUUCCAGACCUUUUGAAUUGUGAAGUUUUCAUAUUUUGCUGCUUUUUCAAAUAUAUAUAUAUAAUUUUAAUGAGAAGCCUAUAUGCUUUUAGGCUCAGGUUUUGAUAUAUUCCUUGUCAACGGCUCCAUCCAUCUGUUGGAUGCACUACAGUGCAUAUAACUAUUCUCAUGUUAUUAGGUUGUUCCCAAUAUUUUUUUUUACUAUUAUAAAACAACACUGUGUUAAGCUUCUUUGUGUACAUAUCUGUUUCCCUAAUUAGACACUCCUCCUCAACAAUAAGUUCCCAGAAGGGAUUCCCAGGUCAAAGAGUACAACAUUUAAAGGCUUGAUACUUAAUUGCCAAAUUGCUUUACAAAAGAUUUGGUCUAAUUACAAUCUGCCAUGCAUAACAGUGCCUAUUUCACCACACCUUGACUUUCAUUUGAUAUUAUAUUUUGUUAAGAAAGUAUUUUAACCAAAAUUAAUUAAUUCAUUGGGGCCCCAGGAAUCCAGGACUGGCAACCACUGACUUAAAUAAAAUAUCCUUACAACCUGAAGGGCAAGUCAUAUGACCAGAAGUGUUAAGAGGACAUGGUGCUUUCUCUUCCUCCCACUUCUUUAUCUUCCCUGAACUCUGCUUAUUAAUAGCAAUCUUGUCUCAUAUCAGAGCUGAACAAUGAUCCAUCUGAGCAGAUGGGCCAAAAACUCUACAUGAGUGAGAUUAAGGGGAUUAACGAAUAGAAUCAGAUUUAUAAAAAGAAAAUAUUCAUUAUCUUUUUUCAUCUGAGUCUAGUAGAAAAGGUUAUCCUUAGAAGGUGAUAUCAUAAAACAUAUUUGAUUUUGUGCUUCUCCCUACCCACCCCUAU